UGGGACUGGGCAGUUGUUUGUCCUUGAAGACGGCAGCAGAGAUGUGUUUGUUGCAUGACGGAAUCCCUCAAGCAGUUAGUUUAAGUGCUGCCUUGAUCUCAGUUGCGGGAUGGACAUGGAUCUCCAGGGCUGUUGCGCCGCGCAAUGUAGGAACCCUUUUCCGCAAAGUGAAAUUCUAAUCUGUUUGCUGAAGGAAUAAAACGAUAGGAAGGAUUCAGGCCAAGUCCGGAGAGGUGAAGUUGACGAAAAGUCUGCAGAGCCGGUGGGCUUAGCACAAGGUGGAAACGAUGGCCUGUGUCUGGAGGGGUCGACCCGUUGUCUUUGUACUGUACGCCAACCGUGAAUGGUGCGGACCCUGCCCGAUCCCCGUCCUCCGCUUGGCUGCCGCACGGACCGGCGUCGCCGGCGUGAAGAGGUGGCAGUCCACCUCCUCCGUGACGGGCUGCUCUGAACUAAGCAGGGAAAGGUCCAAAACUGUCACCUCCUUCUACAAUCAGUCCGCGAUAGAUGCAGUAGCUGAAAAGUCAUCUGUGCGACUGACUCCUACAACCAUGUUAUAUUCAGGGAAAUCACCAGAUGGGAGUCAUAUCCUGAAGAGUGCCAGAUAUCUGUAUAAAGAGUUGCCAGUACGCAUUGCCCAUCGAAUUAAGGGGUUUCGGAGCCUUCCUUUCAUCAUUGGUUGUAAUCCCACAAUUCUGCAAGUGCAUGAGUUGUAUAUCAGAGCCUUUCAGAUGCUGUCAGACUUCCCACCGAUCACCAACACAAAGACGGAGACUCGGUAUGGAAAGAUGGUUCGACAGCUUCUGGAUGAUCACAAGGAUGUCGUCACAAUGCUUGCUGAAGGUUUCAAAGAAUGCCGGAAACAUAUCCAGGAUGAGUCGUUAAUCCGUUCUUUCCUGGACAACACCUUGACUUCCCGGUUGGGAAUCCGAAUGCUGGCAACACAUCACCUGGCCCUGUAUGAGGAUAGUCCUGACUUUGUGGGAAUUAUUUGCACACGACUGUCUCCGAAGAGGAUCAUUGAGAAAUGGGUAGACUUUGCUCGGCGACUGUGUGAGCAUCAAUAUGGCAGCUCCCCUCGCGUGCGGAUAAAUGGCCAUGUAGCGGCAAGGUUUCCCUACAUCCCCUUGCCGUUGGACUACAUCCUGCCUGAACUGCUGAAGAAUGCAAUGAGAGCUACGAUGGAGAGUCACCUGGAGACUCCACACAAUGUCCCUGACAUUGUGAUCACCAUUGCCAACAACGAUAUUGAUUUCAUUAUCAGGAUAUCGGACCGUGGAGGUGGGAUUCCACAUGACAACAUCAACAAAGUGAUGAACUAUCACUUCACCACGGCCGAGGAAGACAGCCAGGACUCCAGGAUGAACACUUUCUACGGUCAUGUGGUGAACAGCGGGCCACACUCAGGGCCCAUGCAUGGGUUUGGAUUUGGUCUGCCCACUUCUCGUGCUUACGCCGAGUACCUGGGAGGAUCGCUCUCCAUUCAGUCCAUGCAAGGCAUCGGAACAGAUGUUUAUUUGCACCUAAAGCACAUUGAUGGGAGGGAAGAAAGCUUUCGCAUUUAAGCUGGUAGCUGGUUAGCCUAACAUGAAGCAGAUAUUGUUAACGGGUGGCUGUACGGUAAUCUUAAAUUCCAGAUGAAUCAUGCCUGCUGUAAUUGGGUUAUAAAUAGAAAUAUUUCUGGAAAAUUUUGAAUUACAAAAUGUCACAAUGAGAAUCCAUGUAGUUAACAUAAUUUGGACAGAAGAUAGUUACAGACCUCUGAUAUUUUAAGAGAGGAACGGUGAACAUUAUUUAAAGGAUUCACAUCUAUUCAGUGUGAAUGGUUUUCGAGUGGGUGGAUUUGCAUUGACCCAACUGGCAGCAGUGCCCUCUGCUGGUCCCUGCCUGCAGUGACAGACAAAAUGGUUCAUUGUUUCAAAACUGAAGACUGAAAGGCGAAACCUUUACAUAUUUUAUGGAGCAUACCACUUCUGAAGAGAUGUCAGUAAUGGUUUCUGGAUUUGAGAGACUGCCUACUAUUUUUUGUAACACAAGUCUCGGUUUGUGCUGCAUUCCAGAAACUUGAAAGUUAAUACAUCUAUGAGGAACUACAAUUUUCAUUCCAAAUAAUAAUGAAAAUGAAACUUACCAAUGCAGAAAACUCUUCAGCAGGUCAGGCAGCAUUCAUGAAGAGAAACAGAAUGAACAUCUCAGGUCAAUGAGUUUUCAUUAGAAGCAUUUACUUGGUUUUAAAUUGAAUUUGCAAUAUUAUUCAAUGCUGGUACUUUUUACUUGAAAUUACGGCACACGUUAAUGAGGAGCAUGAGAUUGAAUCAUCUGAGAAGCAACUUGAUACCAGUUAACUGUUCAAAGGAAAUAUCAGUAUGAAGUCAGGCGUUGAAAGCAGUUAAUUACAGCCCAACGGUGAACAGGGUCUUGAAGUGUAUAUUCACGUUUUAAACCUCAAACUGCUGCAUUGUUGGGGCUUUUCAGUUAAAGAUGCCUUAUACCAGCCAGUUAAAGCUCACUUUGCCUCGUUGCAGCUCCUUUCACCUAGCUUUAUCAAGUUGUGAGCUCAGCUGUUUCCAAUAUUUGCUGCUUUGUUUUCUGAUUCUGCACAUUAGUAAGCACCCCUUUACAAUACAAGGCCUUUAGCUGAUGUAUUGGGAGCUUGAACUUCAUUGAAAGCCCUUUGACAUGUGGGUGUAACCACAAUCAGUGACAUAUUGUGAAUUCUCAUCUAUUCCUCUUUAUUAUAGUGGGCAAUAGUUCCGGUCAGUUUUAUAUUUGCUAAGGAGAUAGUGGAUGGAAACAAUCUUAAUAUAAAGAACAGAGAUGAUUUAGACAUAUUAUUUCUCCUGUAAUGGAAUACAUUUUAAAGAUCAGAAUUGGAUUUUUGGUGAAUAACCCUCUUUCCUUCUAUAAUUCAUUUCUGCAAAACAUAUAUUGGAUGAUGUUUAUAUUAUUCUGAAGUUAAAACAGCAAAUUCUUUGUUAUUUUAAAUAGUAUUUAAUGCUCAGAAAGCAAUAGCUUACACACUAGACAGUUUCACAAAAUAACUUGUUUUCAACAUAUUUUAUUAUUUAUGAAUUUAGCAGAAAUUCAUAGAAUUUAAGAGUGAUAUUCAUUGCAGAGAUUUAUCUAUGAGCAGCAGCUACCAUUGCAUCUGUGGUAUUGAAUAUAGUGAAUUAAUUAUCAGCAAAUUGUCACUUCAACUGAAAAUAGAUCUAUGGUGCUAUAACAUUGUGGCCUUGAUCAAUGUACUUUUUACUGGGUCAGAAAAGACUUAUCACAGGAUAUAGUUCAUAAAUGAAAAUGAGAAAAAUCCUUUCAAACUAGGUAAAGUCUUACGGUAAAUUAACUAAACGCACUAUCCAUUUGAAUAGAUCAAUUUUAACAGUAAAGCCUGCAGAAGUUUAAGCUAGUGGUUAUCUAGUUUUCUGUCUGACAUUGUUUUUUACUUUACCAAACUGUAUCCUUUCUCAUCUUGUUCAUUUAUAAUUAUGACAUUUCCUAAAUCCUGUAAGUUUUGACCUCUGACAUUCAUUGUGUCUGUUGGAACUUAAAUGUGCUUGGAUCAUGGGAUCUACAUGUAAUUGUGAAUUAAAUGUUGGUUUUAAUAAAAUUACAUUUUUAUCUUG